UCAAGAGCGAUGGGUCGGACUUUGAACAAGCCGUGAUCGUGCACCUAUCUCGGUGUGGAGAAGGAGAAGGGUGCCGUUGGAUCUGGAGCGAAUGUCCGUUGAAUAUCCAACCUGAAACUGAUUUCACCGCGGUGAGCCAAAGUAGUGGACAUCAUGCCUCGUGUAUAUAAACACAAAACAAGCAGGGGAGCCCCCACUGAUGUUCUUGAAAGAGCCACCAGUGAAGUGAGAGAAGGGAAGUCUAUUCGAGCAGCAGCAAAGGAUGCCAAAAUAGACAGAAUGACACUGAAGAGAUACAUUGACAAAAAAGACUGAAAAAGACAGGCUAUGAUGGAGUAGCAGAGGCUAAAAGGAUUCUCUCAGAUGGCAUGGAGUCUGAACUUGCCAAAAAGCACAGAUCAUGGGUGAAGCGACCGCAGAUGCCGUCACCUUGGAUCUGCUGAGAGAAGCAAGGGAGACAGUGAGGAGCAGCCCUCUGGGUGUCAUCAACACUCCCAUGAUUCCCUGGUGCCAGACCACACUGCCUCUCAAUGUCAAUUGCACCAUCCACAUCAAACUGGAAAACAUGCAGACGACUGGUUCUUUUAAGAUCAGAGGGGUGGCCAAUCAGUUUGCCAGGAGACCAAAGGGAGGUCAUUUUGUCACCAUGUCUGCUGGGAAUUAUGGGAAGUCAUUUGCAUAUGCUUCAAAACACUACGGGUCAAAGGGCAAAGUGGUGAUGCCUGAAACUGCCCCAAUGUCCAGAUCCAUCCUCAUACAGCGCUUUGGGGUGGAGGUGGAGCGAGUUCCCACCACCAGUCUGAUGAAUGUGGUGAACCGAUGCGUUCAGGAGGAAAACAUGACAUUCCUGCACUCGUAUGAUGACCUGGAUUUAAUAGCAGGACAUGCCAGUCUUGGUUUCGAGGUGCUGGAGGUGAACCGUGAGCCUGAUGUUGUGGUGGUGUGUUGUGGUGGAGGGGGGCUGCUGGCCGGCGUAGCUGCGGGCAUCAAACUGUCUGGCUGCAGUAAGACCAGGAUCUACGGUGUAGAACCAGGAGGAGCCUGCACCAUGUACAAAAGCUUCAUUGAAAAGAAACCUGUUGGCAUGGACACCAAGAGCAUCGCCUCAGGUCUCGCUCCACCUUUUGCAGGCAGGCUGCCCUACGAGUUGUGCCAGCGCUACGUGGAGGCGAUUGUCCUGGUGAAUGAUGACGACAUCAAAGCGGCGGUGUCCUCUCUCUACAGGGCGGGACUCGUGGUGGAGCCAUCAGGCUCUGCUGCCUUUGCUGCAAUUGUUAACAACAAGAUACCCGAUCUGGAAGGGAAGAGUGUUGUGUGCAUCCUCAGUGGAGGAAACAUUGGAAAGGACGAGCUCACCAACUUCCCAGACUGAUGAGCAUCUUGGGCUCGUUUUUAUGUGAUUAAUUCGAGUCUUUCAGUAAAGUCUGUUCCAACUUAUGCUUACUUAUUGUGAAUUUAUCAAUAAGAAAUUGAAGCGACACAAUAUCCUUUAAAGAAAUAAUAAAGUACUUUUUCUUUUA